UCCGCGGCGGCUCUGUGAGCGCGCGCUGGCCCCCGUGCCCCGGUGUGGUGUCGCCCGCUCCCCCCGCUCCGCGCAGUGGGACGUGCCCGGGACUUCGCGUCACCCAUUGUUUACAAACCGAGCCCAGCAGCGGGCUGCUGCGAGUCGGGUUUGCACCGGCGCGGCGCGCGGAGCCGGCCGAGAUGCCCUGCCUGCCCGGGGAGCGCUUUCUGCUGCUGGAGCGCUCGGUCGCCGUGGGGCAGGCGGGCUCCAAGGAGGUGGACGCGCUGGUGGCCAAGCUGGGCGAGGUGCUGCAGCUAAGCGCCCAGCGGGCACCGGCCCCCCGCGGCCCCAAGCACCCGCCGCCCACCACCGCCCGGGGCCGCGCCGCGCCUUAUUCCCCCCGCGGCAGCGGCCUCCUGGUCCCGGCCCCCCUGCAGCCGCACCAGCCCGCGGAGCCCCAGCGGCCGGGCAAGACUAGCCAGCGAGUGGCUAAGCAGCUGUGCGGCCGGGGCUGGCUGCGGAGCGCCGCCCACAGGAGGAAGCGGCCGGGUCCCGGGGAAGCGGCCGGCGAAGAGGAGGAUCCGCACCGGCUCCUGCAGCAGCUCAUCCUCUCCGGGAACCUCAUCAAGGAGGCAGUCAGGCGCCUGCAGCUGGCGGCGGCGGCCGUGGCCACAGCAACCACCGGCGGCAGCGGGGAGGGGGAAGCAGCAGCUCUGCAGCCUCUGCAAUAGCCCCGCGGGUUGCGGAGAUCCCGUAGCACCGACCUCCGCGCCGGGAUCAGGACAUCGCAUGUGGGAGGGGCCAGCUAUCGGCGGAUCUAUCUAGGGGGCGUCCCCCGUACUUGAAAUAGACUCUUUAUUGACAAUGAGACCCUGUGGCCGGGGUCUGGCUAUUCUGUAUAAAAUGUGGUGCUAGCCCGGAGGCGCUAGCGUUUUUAAAUGUGAAUCUCAGAGUUGGAAAGCCGCUGAACUGAUCGUUGUGAAGUGUGAGUGAAUGAAGACUGAGAUACAUUGUUCACAUAUGGUAGCUAAACAACUUCCCGCGCCCCCCAAAAACAAAACAAAACCUCAAUGGCUGGAUUGAAAAGAUGCUGGCUGUUGUCAAAAUAUUUACACUUCGUAACGGAGUGUUUGAAUUGUGUUCCUGGUUUACAGGACUUGUCUUAAUUAACAUGUCUGUACUGAAUAAAUGUGAUCUUGUUUUUA